UAUUUAUUCCCAUCGCCGGACAUGGUCGACCGUGCUGUGGUCUCGGUAGCAAGCUAAGUCUGUGUUGUGUUGACUUUCAUAUUGAUAAUAAUAAUAAUUAUAACAUUAUUGUUUGGAAGGAAAAGAAUCAGAAAGAAAGAAAGAAUAAAGAAGAAAGGAAGAAAGACAUUAUGUAUUCCAAGGGGAAGGUUCUCAUCACCGGACUCAACGGCUACCUCGCCGGCCGAGUCGCCGAAGCUGCGCUGAGGGCUGGAUAUGACGUACGCGGCACCGUCCGAAAUCUAGAUGCCGGCGCCGAAGUACAGCAAGCGUUGUUGAGUCUGGGGUGUGGAGGCCGAGCCGAAGUCGUACACGUCCCCGAUAUGGCCGAACCUGGUGCCUUUGACAAGGCUGUAGUCGGAUGUACUGCGAUCAUCCACCUCGCGUCACCUGUUAAAGAAACAUGGACGAUGGAGCCACGCAAGUUAGUCAAAUAUGCUCUAAGCGGCACCAUGGGGGUUUUAGAGUCGGCAUGGAACGCCGGCCCACAACUACGAAGCGUCAUUUUUAUGUCUUCAGCUGCCGCCAUGUUCGAUGUACCCCCUAAAACUGGCGUUUACACCGAAAAAGACUGGAACACGACCUCCGAGGAAGCUGUGGCAGAACUGGGCGCUAAUGCUGGGGGACUGCACGCCUAUUGCGCCAGCAAAACUGCCUCCGAGAGGGCGUUCUGGAGGUUUCGUGACGAGCGGAAACCUGCCUUUAGCAUGACUACUAUCCAAGCCACAUAUUUCAUCGGCCCACCCCUCGUACCCUGGAAAACCCAAGACGAGAUCCCCUUCUCCCUGACCAACAUCUGGAAGCUCUUGCAAAAAGCAGACAUCCCAGGGCCCAUGCUCCUCUACGAGUCCAGCAUCGACAUCCGCGACGUAGCGCGCGUGAUCCUGUGGUCGGCCUCGCACCCCACCCAAGCCGACGGCGAGCGCUUCCUCUGCGCGUCCGCGGUGGGCGGGGCCCAGGCCAUCGCAGACAUCCUGAACCAGCACCGGCCUUCCUUCGGGGUGGCGAGGGGGGAUCCGGGAGAGGGGUACGAGACGGGCUACGCGCCGGCGGCGAGUGGGAUUAUCGCGUUCGAUGCGACGAAGGCGUUGCGGGCGACGGGGCAGGAGUGGAUACCGUAUGAGAUGACUAUCGUGGAUACGGCGGAUUUCCUGUUGAAGAAGUACCUCCAAUGAUACCUAUGUUUAGGGUGGCGAAAUGGGCGGGGGAGAUAUGUUUAUAGUGGUGAUGGAGUGAGCAUAAGUCAUAUAGGUACCCAAGAAAUAUAGGUAUGGCUAAAAGGCGUGAGGACUAAGGGGUAUAGGGUACAUAUAGUCCUAGAACUCCCCCGGAUCAAAUCCCUUUUUGCCGCUGGGGUGUGUAGGUAUCAUCUUGUUUACACGAGUAGACUAGCUUCUUAUUAACUGUAUAUUAUUUAGUUUAAUCUAAGCCUUUACCAUGGGGCUAUGAGAUCAAAUGCAGUUGUGAGAAGGCCAGAUUAAUCACCGUGAGGUUAUUGUCGGCUAGGUGGUGAUGGAUAUAUGAUUAAUCAAGCGUGUGUGAAAAAAAGGUGUCAAGAGACCGCAUAUUAUUCACAUAUCACCGCUCUUCUCCUACGCUUUUGCAAGAGCUGAGUUUCCCGUAGGUAAUUGUGUAAUCGAAAUCAUAUGAACGAUAGGGAGUGGCGAGGGUAACUUGGGGCUGAUACACCACAAUAUCCAUUAUUACAUGAAACCGCCUAGCCUAGAGAUUACUAGGUGUCCGGUAAAGAACCAUCGUCUAAUUCCUGUAUGAGAGAGAGCAAGCGUU